AUGAUGUUUGUAUCUGAACUCAAGAGUGUCCAUUUCUGGGCCAGCGCCUUAGUAGAGCUGCUAGCAACCUUCUUUUUCAUCUUUUUAACCACUGGCACGACGAUCACAUGGAAUCCGAGCCAUCCACCCUCGACAGAGUUGAUAUCUUUGUCGUUUGGCUUCAGUAUCGCCACCCUCGCCAUGUGUAGCUCGCACUUAAGCGGUGGACAUAUCAACCCCGCCGUCACUAUCGCUAUGAUGGCACUCAGAAAAGUGAAUAUCUUGCGAGGAGUAACUUACAUAAUUUUUCAACUGGCAGGAGGUGAGAUCGUGUUAAAAUUUCAGUCUGGUAAUGUUAAAAAGUAUCGAGUCAUUAUGUAAACAAACAUAUUGGUUCCUGGAUUGUUUUAAUAACUGAAGGACACGCUACCAUCUUGAGAUCCCAGUAAUGUAAUUUCUUAUAGUGGUUCUGGGUCUAUCUUUCAAAGAUGAUGAUUUAAUAUUUUAUCCGGUGUCUUUGUAGUACUGUAAAUAGCUUUUUCCCCACUGAAGGUGCGUCAGUUCUCUGGUGUAUUAACAAACAUUAUCAAUAACACUUUGGUCAGUAAUUAUGUUGCGCCAAAUGUAGACGGUAUAAAGCUCGUGCCACAUGUUUUUCUUUAUUAUUUUAUUUUACCUGUGUCCUCACGCUCACUGAUUGCCUCAGGCAAUUCGUGGUACGUGCUCUACAUACAUAAACAAGAAUAAUUGUCAUUUUAGUUCCAGUGAGAACUAUAAUUCCUUAUAAGCAGAAAUAUAACCAAACAAUACAAAGCUAAAACUUAAGUAUCAUCUGCAAACGUAAACAUGAAACCCUUCAGUAUUUGUAGUUUGACAACUGAUAUAAGUUUAUGAUCCGGCCAUCGUUCUAGAUCCUUCUGCUAAAAUAGACAUGUUUUAAUAUUACCCGCCCUUUGAAAAAAAUUGAGAAACAAGACGUGUUUUUAGCCGCCGGCAGCAAAUGGAGAGUCAUAUUUAAGAUCGCAGUUUUAACUACACCACCAAGGUUAACUUUAGGGUGGGGCAUUUUGAAACCCAAGCAACUAUCGUACACAACAUUAUUUUGAAGAAUGCCUAGAAUUUCUGCUACGAAAUGUCUCUUUGUACAUAUUUGGCAACCACAGUCAUCCUUAAAGAGCAAAAUAGUUUUUCAAGAGCUCUUAUUGUUUUGACGUCAGCAGAGAGUGUAUUUUUCAAAAGAAAUGCUUACUGUGUUACUUUGCGUCUUACACACACCCUAAUCAUAUCGACCUCACGAAAAUUGCCAGUUUACAACAUAAUACGCAGUGAUUUUGCGUGGAAAAUAUAGUUUUGAAUAAUCGGUUAUUAUACCUUGAACUCUUUCUCAGUAAUUGCACGAAAACAAAAGUACCCACUAUGUUCAGGUUCAAUGCCUCUGCUCGUCUUCGAUUAUCCUGACGGGACUGACGUAAGUCAAAUCAAGCUAUUUAACUUCCUGCAUGAGAAAUUACGCUUAUGCCACGCGAUUGAUAUUCGACAGAAGAAAUCUCGACUUCAUUUCGAAUGAUCGUAAGAGUGAUUUUUCAUGACCAAAUAGGCAUGUUCUCAGCUGAGAAUAAAAGGUCGAGAAAGGCUUUUGUUUCCAUUCAUUUCACUACAUCCAUUUUAGGCUUAACCCAUGUUCAAGGCGGGUGGUCAUUUACAAUCAUUCAUCCUGACCAUCAACCUGACCUAUUCCAGAUAAACAGCGUUCCUGUAGACGCAAAUUUUUUCGAGCGGAUUUCAUGGAAAUUUGGCUUUUAACCGCAAAGGUUUUCAACAAAGUCCACUUUAGGGGGGGUACUUUUUCGCAAGUAAUUAACCAAAUGAGUACCAAAUGAAUGUAAGUACGUGAAAUAUUGUCGAAGAGUCAAGGAUACUAGAUAAUGACAAAACGAUAGAGGUUAUCCUUUCUCGCAAUCUUGUAUAUUCAUAAGGUAGAUUAAAAUCAGUAGAGUCGCCACUUUUUGUGCAAAUUCUAUGGCAAGCAUUUGUCUUUUUGUUUGCAGGCAAUCUUUGUUCAGCUGUCGAGAGCUGACAGUCGACCACCCUCUGAUCCUCUGUGCGUACCCUGAAAAACGACUAGCUAAGCCCAGCUGCAAUUCAUCAUUUAUCCUGUCUUUCCUUACUAUGAGUAAAAAGAAAAGCAAAGACAAACCAAGAGACUUUCAAACAAGUCAGGCCGUUUUCUCCUCCCACUUUUCUUUGAUUCAUUGGACCCUCUAAAAAUAUGUUUAUAUCAGUUGAGGGCAAAGAUAAUUACUGUGGGUCAAAAAAACGAGUGGCUCCAUUCUAUCACUAGUGAAAAGUUUCAGCUGCCCCGCGCAUUAUUGUGAGAGACUCUAAUGCUCUCACAUGGGCUCCUGUCUCUCAACAAUGUGAGAAAUGCUUCGUAAUGGCAUGUCUUUUCUAUUUUUUUAAAAUCUUUUCCAUCUUCGGUUAUUUUAUUUUUUCAUUUUAUUUUAUUAAAAAUUAUGGAAAAGGAAAAAAGGGGCUACUUGCUACUAAAAUAGCUUAUUUUAUCUCGUACGAAAGCCUUUUUAGUCAUAAAGAAGAGCCUGAUGCAGAUUUGUUAGACAAGGGAAUUGUCACCUAAAAUCAAAUGGGACAAAGUCCCUUUGUCAUUUCGCUCUGCUAAGUCUGAUUAAUAUCUCUGCUAAUUCUGUUUUGUCUUCGUCUUCUUGUAAACAGAUGCGGAUUCAUCUAAUUACAUAUCUCAGUAAAUUAUUAAGAAUUGUAAAGGUAUCUAUUGUCCCAAGCCUGUCGAAACGCCUAUUAAAUUGACACCUGUUUCAAAUGAAGUGGGUCACUGAUCUAAAGACAAAAUCCCGAAUGCAAGUACAUAACCUCAAUUUCGUGUAACUUUGAAAGACUGCAAAACCAAAUGCGCACUCGAUGUCUUUUGAUAAGGGCAAAAACUAACUCUGGUGUCCGGAAAAGUUAUAAUUAAAAAUUUUAUAGAAGAGCCUAUUCAUUUAAGAAGGGAUGUCUUCCAAUUGAGUGACUUAACGAUCUUAUCUAUACAGUGAAUGAAAAAUUGCCGAAAUUUUUUAAAUAGUUGCCCUUUAUUAUAUUUAAGGGUGAGAAAGUUGCUUUUUCUCUACAAAAUCGGACAUCCAAAACGAUAAUUUGAGCCUAAAAAGGCACAGUAUCCAAGCAGUAAUAGUUAAGAAGAGAGCGCAGAGAUGGGUUGGGAGAUGCAAUCACUGUUGAUUGGAUUAUAAGGUCAGUGCGCGUUACCCCUUUAGGCAAAGGAUGUGAAAAGAGGACUGAAAUAGCAAGGUUGUCAUGGACAUGAAAAUUAAAUUGAACAAUACAGUAAACAAGAAUCUUAUUAUAUUGAGAAAUAUUCAGAAUAUUUUAUUGAAAAUCGAAACAAUUCCUCGGAUUAUAUAACAAAAAAACAUUAAUAAGUGCGCUCAACACGACAGCAAGAAGCUUGUCGGACUGGAAAUGUUAUUAGCAGUUUGUUUGGUGAGACUAAAUGUAGAUGCAACCAAAUAAACUUACGUGGCAAACUUUCCAAACAUUUAAAACAACAUUCUGUGGGAGCAAAAAAUUGCAGUAGUUUUACUAAAAAGGGAAACCGAAAUAUGUUUAUUAGUUUAAAAAAUCCCAGUCUUUGUUAUAUAACAUAAAUUCCGAAAGUGGCUAGAUAGUGAGAGUGAGCUUAAAAGAAACGUUUACGUGUUUGGUGUGCACUGUUUGAGAGACAGUAUUAAAUUCUACUAUUUUAUUCACUUGUUUCUAUGAGGCGCUUUUGACUUAUCUGAUUUCUAGUGAGUCGUUGUUACGGCUACCAAACUGGAUCAACUUUUUGAUCCAACCAAAUUGGGUUGACUUUUCUCUCAUUCAGUGGCCGAAGUGGGCUUAGAUGCAAUGCUGCAUUAUGAAAGUGGCUCCUCAAAGCUUUCAGAUGGCACCCUGCACUACGCCCUGUUAUCUCUUACACAAACUUGGAAAUGACACCCGCACCUGUACGUUUAACUUUGCCGAUUAUUAACAAUGUAACCACACGUUUUUACUGAACUACGAGCAGUCUCUAUUUUGCGCGAAAAUCAGUGUCGGCGCGUUAACGCGAGUGUGGCGCGAGCUUAGAAAAAGCUGUAAGCAAAGAGAUGUGUGCAUUAUCGCAUUACUGAGCGCGCUCUCGUUGGUUUUUCGAGCAAAAGAGAGACUGCUCGAAGUCUAGUAGCUUACCAACGCGUGCAUGAAAAAACACGUGUUUGUUCGAUACAUGUGAGCAGGGAUGGGCACGAGGGUACCGAGUAGCUGCUCAUGUCCUCUGUAGUGACAAUAAACGGACUUUGAACCCAACACCACGGCUAUUCAUAAACUUAGGAGAACAAAAAAAUGCCUAGAAAGUGCUCACACUGGCAGUUUGCUUCAACUCUGCUGUAUAAUGUUCAGUUAGUAAGUGUAGCUGACGUGACCAUCUCCAAUGCCGGCAGACGUUGGGAAAGAGCUUGCUUCUAUGUUAGAUACGUUGCAUUAUAAGCAAUGCGUGAUUUGCAAUUUUUUUUUAUGAAUAGCACAUUGUUCGUUCCAAUACAAAAAACCCAUUGAAUAACAGAAAAUGAGGAGAAUAAAGGGCCAGUCAUGCAAGGAAUAAAGGUUUAGCUCUGAUCUACAGCGACUGUCUCAUAUUUUCUUUGUCGUGUCUAAUCUGAAUCAAUUAAAAAACAAGAAUAGAAAAAAAAACACAGAAAACCUAUUUUUCGUUUCGGCAGUGAUCCUUGAAGGUGCAGUGGAUACUAAUGUAGAGUGUGCCCACGGAAAGAAGAGUUAUAUAACAAACGACUCAAGAUCGAAGCAUGGAAACAAUAUUGCGCCGGCUUCUUUAUUGUUUUAGUCCAUAAAUGGGCUGGGUCAUCGCUGUCUAGCUCAUUUUGUUUAUACUGACAGUUACGCGUUCUUAUUCACCAUGGAGCUUGAGUACUUACCAGUGAAUAACAAAAUCACAGCUUUGUGUCAAAAAGUAUUUGUGUCUUCCAAGUAUUGUAUCAAUCGUUAAAAACAACCGAAAUCAGCUUUGAAAUACCAAGGGGCUAACAAUACUACACUUGUAAUCCGUUUUAGUGUUCUUCAAGUCUUUUCUAUCCGUGGCUCCUUUUGUAUUUGCUGUCAUUUAUACCUUCUGUUAUGAGCCGUUAUUUUAAUGAUUCACUCAAUUUGGCAGCAGUUCGAGCUGUUUGAAUUUUGAUUUAUUGGUCGUUGUGAUUUGAUAUAAAAAAGACAACUCAGUAUUAAGUCCCGUGCAAACGGACGCAACAUUCUUUGCCAACAACUCCCAACUGUUGCGUCCAUUUGCAAGUAGCCUGCGUAGCAAGCGUUUCCUCGCGAGUUCGUCGAGAAAGUUGGGACGAGAACAAAAAAAGGAAUGACGGGGGAGGGGGAGGGGAAUGACUCCCCUCCCCCUCCCCCUUCCACCUUUUUUUUUUGCUCCCGCUCUAACUUGCGCGCAAUAACUCGAUUGGAAACGCUUGCUACGCAGGCUAGUUUGCAAGUAGCUAAAAGUUUGACCGGUUUUAAACUUUGCGCAACAACUCCCAACAACACGCAACAACAUGCAACAGGAUGUGCAGACAGACGCAACAUGUAACAUCCAACAAUGUUACGUCCGUUUGCACCGGGAUUUAAGCUACUAUUUGACAGUAACACCACAUAUCUACCUCUUUUCAAGGUAUCGCGGGCUCAGCGGUAUUGAAGUACAUCACACCAGAAGAAAAGCGCGGAUCCCUUGGUGCCACGGUUCCUGCUCCCGGUGUAACUGCUGGACAGGCGCUUGGUAUCGAGAUACUGCUUACAUUCUUGUUGGUUUUUACUGUAUGCGCCUCUACGGAUCCCAAGAGAAAUCACUAUGGUUACGAGGUGCCAUUAUCCAUUGGCUUGUGUGUUGCUGUUUGCCAUUUUAUCGGAGUAAGUUUGAAAACGUUAUACCAUUUCCUUUGUCUUUGUUAUAGUCAUAUUUUGAAGUGUGAAGCAAGUUUUCUGUCGCAAAGAUUCUUUGAAUGCCUUUGUAUCGAUACCCUUUUUUGACGCUGUAGAUGACUCCAGAUUGAAAGGAAAAACGACGAAAUGGAAAUGUGUGCACUUUAUUCCUUAUCAGUGUAUUGUAAUCCAUAAACGGGUAGCUCAGCCGCACUUAAUACUGUUCACAAGGGCUUAAAUAUACCUACAACAUUCCUUGUUUAAGGACAACCCCAUCGAACAAUCACAUUGCAAAAGGAUUAAUUUUUUGAGGACUCAGUAAUCAUUAAGAGCAAUACUAUAUCUCUAGGAACUUACCUAUACCUCAUACCUAUGGGAUAACCUUUCUCGCCUGAAGAAUGGCCAGCUGUCAAGCAUCUUUGCGUCUCCUCAGGCUCCCCUAUCGAGGAUCAACGCUACUGAUAAAAAUAUGGCGGUGACAUGGAAGCAGGCCAUUUGCAGCCUCGUGUCUAACAAAAAAUUCAUUUAUUUAAAGUCUUCAUUUUGAUUUUUUAUCGGUGUUUGUGGUUUUGUAGACGGAUUGGAAAUCAGUGUAACUGUCAUUAAACAGUAGCCUAAUUUUCACACCAUCCCAGGUCAAUCGCCCAUGCAAUAUUUUUUGGAGUUUAAGUAGCCUAAGACCAGGCUCCUUAGUGGGAUAAAAAGGAAAAAACGAGGUGAAACAGCAAGCGGUGGACGAUAGAAGGGGAAAAAGGCCCCCACCCUUUUCCCUCUCCAGAGUAGCACUUGAAGCUCGCUUCGCUCGAUUCAAACGCAAAUUAGAAGCUCUUUUGGUUGUCCAGUCACGAAGCCUGGUGAUUUAUAAGGCAAAUCGGUUUCAUGAAAAACAAUACGUUUCGAAGAUUGAGCAUUUAUCUAAUGUAUUAUUGAAUUCUUACGGCCAAACAUUUAAACGAAGUCUAACUUAAGCCGCGGUUUAAAGAAUCUUUGAACCUCCAGAUCUCUUCUUUGGUGGGUUGUUUGAGGAAGAUACAUGCUUUUCUAGUCUUCUCUAUAUCAGUGUUUUCAUUAAACUGUUCACAAUAAAUGAUGUUUAGACAGAAUCGUUGGGAAAUCACGUGAAAUGACUUAGAACGCGGUUUUGUUAAACACUGGCUAAACUACGUUUAAAUAUUUGGCCCUUAGAGUUCGAUGGGGGUCAAGUUAAAAAUCUGCCAAUGAAUUACUUAAAGCCUGAACUCUGCCACUGCACCGAACCUAUAAUCCCUUCCACUGAACCUUUUUCUGAUUGAAUCAUCAAAGGACCGGAGGCUAGUGGUUCACCCUAAAGUUAAAACUUUUUACUUUAAAUUCCUAUCUGAUUGUUCUUUUUUUUUUCAUCUCUUUUCAGAUUGGUUUUACUGGAUGUGGAAUUAAUCCUGCUCGCUCAUUCGGACCGGCAGUUGUUAUGAACAACAGUGCGAUCUGGGAGGACCACUGGGUAAAUAUUCAUAUUAGCAACCUGUCACCAGAAGACAGCAACUCCUAUACUCGGCAGCGUUUUCACGGACCGGUUUAUUUUCAGAAACAUUUCGCAGCACUUUUCCCCACAAAAAUCAAAGCUCUGCUGGGUCUAUAAGCACUUUUGUAUAUACAAGAAAGAAAAAACCUAAACGUCAUUAAAAGGUCAAAAAACACAAUUUUUUGCUGACUUUGUUUUGAGACCUAAAUUUAAAUUUGUGCCAAAAUCUUUCCAAAAAUAAACUGGUUGGUGGCUCGCUGCGGUUUAUGGCCUCCUGUUCAUUUCCAAUACCAGAUCAAUCUUUAACGCGUUUAAAAACUGAUACUAUGAAGUUCAAAGCACGCCUACUCAUUUUUCCUGUGAUUAAGAAUAUUUAAAGCAAGUUCUCAAACAAAUGGAAAAUGGGUUUCUGAUACUAGCGAACAAAUUCUAGUUAACAAUACAAUAUGGCUAAUGACGUAUUAUUGAGAAGCUGAUGUACAAAAUUUCCAAAAAAAAAUGCCCAAACUUAAUAUUUGAUUCUCAUGGUAUUUUGUAAAGAGAUACUUCUUCUCUGUUGGCUAGUGGCCCAUUGUUGACUACCCAAAGUAUACUGAGUCACCUGAUCAAGGCCUCAUAAAAAAAAAAUGAAGAAAAGAAAGAUCCAUGGGUUUCUUUUAUUUGCCUUUUGCUGGGAAAGUGAGAUGGGUGUUUUCAGGUGAUCACAUCAUGUAGUAUUACAAAACUGUGCAAAGAAGUUGCAAGAUUACGUUUGACAGCAGUUAAUUAAUUGUUGGAACGGGAGACUUAGGAGAUAGGUAAUUGUAAGUCCCGAGUUUGAGUCUCUCCUUCUUCACUCGCUUGAUUGGUCCUGUGGUGAUCCCGAGAUGAUCUCCUGGACUAUGCUUGUAAACGGCCAACUGGUUACCUCUUACCAAUUUGUAUUUUUAAUACUCAUAAUAUUUGGGAGUAUUUGUUUGAAAUUAUCAGGGUAAGUGGCUUACCGGUAAAUAAGGCACAUCAACUUAGCGCACUUCGCGUCUAUAAAAAGAAUAUUAACAUUAAAAUAAAAACUUAAAGUGCGUUAAUGAAUUUUUAAUUGUUGUAUCCCGCAGGUUUACUGGGCUGGCCCUAUUGGUGGAGGGUUGCUUGCAGGCGUUCUGUACCAGCUGUUUUUCCGAGCCCGUCAAGAAAGUGGACCUACUGCAGGCUCCGUUAAUGAUCUGGAAAUGAACUAUCCUGAUUCAAAGAUGUAAAAUCUAAGGGCGCCAUGAUAAUCAUAAGUCAGUUAAUGUGGUACAUGGUACUUUUGUGUUAUUCAAUUCAAUUAAAGUUAAUUCCCCAUAGGCAUUAGAAAGUGAUGUCAGUUAACCUUGUCAGCCAGAGGUCGUUUAGUUAUCAAAAUCGAGACGUUAUUUUCGAGGUAUUCAGUUUUAUUCAAGAUAGAACAAGACGAUUGUCUACAACCUCUAAUCUUCAAAUCGUCACCAGAAAGGUUCUACCCUGGUUCUAGAUGCGCUUUUUGAUAAAAGGAUGAAUUAGUAGCAGUGUCCGCGCUCGUUUCCCGUUAUGAUUUAGGAGUAAAAUCCUGAAUUGCACAGGGUAGUUAGAAGGCAGACAAAAGCAAAAGGACUUCCACUACUAUCCCUCGUGAUUUAUUCACUUUUGAUAUAUUUUUCCUUUAUCGAGCGUCAACCGGUGAAAAUAUUUUACAACUGAAAUUUUUCAAAGCAAACACACCAAAAGAUUGCGUAAAGCAGUUUAUGUAGACCCCACGGGGGGAGGGGGUACUCCCUGUGAUGGCCUACAUGGAGGCUCCACCCGAAAGGAUUAUCUUUUGUAUAUGCCUAUUUUUAUAUGAAAGGUAGGUAUUUCACUUGUUGAAUUAUGUAGAAGGGUAGGGAAAUCUGUCAUUUGGGUCUUGAGAAAGGGCCCAAAAGGGCUAACAGAUGAAUUUUAUACCUUUACAAAUUAUAGAGACAACGUUCUAUUUUUGUGAUUAAUUCCUACUUAAAAGACAAUGCAUUUACAGCAGUUAAGAGGGAUGCAAAAUUCUAAACAAAGUAUGUGAAAGGGGUAUCGUUUGUCAAUAGAAAGUAUAGAAAAGCGGUACUUUUUUUUCGUGAAAAAUGGUAUAUAAAAAGGUAAGGGGUUGGACCUCGGGGGGGAGCCUCCCCGUAUAAACAUGUGUUAAGUACCCCCCGGGAUCUAGAACCAUGAGACGUUACUGAACUGACGAGGUCGGGGAACAGGAAAAUGAAAAACGGGAAAAACCCUUAGCCCUAUCGCGAUCGGUAGCCUCAUUACCCAUUCGCUGUUUGGUAGUACAGGGGAAUCCCGUAAUAUGGUCACCAAUGGACUAAAAAAAUUUGGCCCCAUUAACGACGGUUUUUUUUUACAAGAGAAUGUAUGGCGGUUUUUGCCAGGCGGUCCAAAAAAAAGUAGCUGUAAUAACGAGGUGACCGUAUUACAGAGGCGGCCGUAAGGCGGGGUUUCACUGUACCCCUGUUUUUACCUUUCCCGUUCCCCGUUUCAGGAACUUUCGUCUUUAAACAUCCUCUUUCUUUGGAUGAAAACUUUCUUUUAUCGAAAGCUUGGGUAUGAGAUAUCAUUUUCUCUGUAUGACUCCUUUCUUUAACGAAAGCAUAGGUAUGAGAUUUCAUUGUCUCGAUUUAGUGAUUUGGCUUAGAUGUAAUGAGCAUUAUUCAACGUAUUUUAAUUUGUAAAAGAGGCACAACAUUCCAUCUGAAAAUGCCAGUGUUCAAUGCACAGCUUGCAGAAAACCUUUGAAAAGAACAAAAUGGUCUCACUAGCAAGCAAAACUGAACACAGUUUGACCUUGAAAGAACUGAGUUGUCCGCUUGCGGACUUGCAAUCCUGCCCCCUUUUACGGUUUACUGCAAAAGACCUAUUUCACGGUUUAGCGCAAGACUUUAGAACACGGAGAUUCGACCUCUUUUUAGCAUUUGUGUCCGUUUUAGAGUUGACGUGAUUAAAAUAGAUUUUAUGUUAUGCAUUAAUUAUUGUAUAGCAAUAGCAGGUAAAAUAAAUAUCAUAUACAUUCAUACACUGACUUACUUGAACGACCCCAGGUAAAUGAAUGUUUUAUCCGCGGAUUGUUAACGCAACAAUCUAGUUAGGUUACUUGGCGUUCAGCGGUUAUUAACAUCAACUGACGUAAGUUAAGCGCCCUCGCCUGGCGCUGUUCUUCCAGUUUUUACACUCGUACCCCUCUUUGAGGGCAAACGAUUGCAAGCAGUUUUCUGGAUAUUGAUUCCACGACCAAGAAUUUGUAAACUAACAGCUCAGGACCCGGAAAAAUUACGAAGCCGUAAGAGGCUGUGUUGAGCUGAAGUCACAAAUAAAUAAGUAAAGUUUUCAGUUGUUUGGUUUAGGUUUAAAAUGUAAGCAUAAUGUAAGGAUUCACUAGAGGCGGGAUGCAUAUUACAGUUUUGGAGGCUAAAAUAGCUUAAUAUCAUAACUCAUCUGCUAUUCAGUGUUAUAGAAGUAACAAAUGAUCAAUAAAGCAAAACGUGUUGACAGUUCAGACACCU